CGCAUCAAAGAUGGCUGACUCGCGGUUUGAUGGAUGUAAACAUUCCUAAUUAUCGACAGUUUAUACUACAUUACUAAAGUCAUACUGUCACAAACAGGGCGUAUAUUUCAACAAUACAACCAACAGAAUGGCUAUGAUUGCAAAAAACCGAACAAAGAGCACAUGGACGCCGCUCAGCAAUGGAAAUACAAAUAACCAGAUAUUUGAUGAAAGGAAGGCCUUAAUAGGAAAAUGGUUUGAUAGAUGGACUGAUGAACAAAGAAAAAAGAUCUUUGAAGAUUUGGUACAAAGAUCUAAACACAAGCAGUUACACUAUGCUCGAGAUUUGCUGAACGAGACAGUCCCAGCUUUUCACGAGGAUUUUACGCGUGUGCUCCCACGCGUACUGUCUGUCUACAUCCUAUCGUUCUUGGAUCCCAGGACGCUGUGUCGUUGUGCUCGGGUGUGUUGGUACUGGAAGCACCUGUCGGAGAGUGACAAACUGUGGAUGCCCAAAUGUCUAAGGCUAGGCUGGAUCCUGUCCUUCACACCAAGUCCCUAUGAGACUGGCGUCUGGAAACGGAAUUAUGUGGAAAAUCUUAGAUUACUAAAGGUGCACAGACCCUCGAAUCCCCAGCAUUCAACCUUGGAACAGCUGGAGAAGUUAAAGCUUGACCUUGAAAAGGAUUAUCGUGUAUCUAAGCACAAGAGUAAGAAGAAGGAGAAAACGCCUUGGCGUGGAUCUGACCCGGUCCCUAAAGACACGUGGCGUUAUAAUGUGCUGGAGAACGACGACGUUGUACAGAGUGUCAAUAAGAUAAGGAAGAGGAUGACGUAUGGAUCCGAGGCAGAGAUGGUAUCGAAGAAUGCCAAGAGUAAAGUAAAGGCGGGUCACAAUGCCCUCAACAUGUCGACCAGGAGGUCAAUUUCUGCCUCUGUGCCGAGACUGAACACAGGUUUCACAGAGAACGAUGGGCUGGGGAGACCGCAGUGGGCCAAAAAUAAGACUGGAUCACCAUAUGUGUCGUUUGAUCCUGGUAUGGAGACUGUUCAACGUCCAGGCCCAGUUAGUCCUCCAACCAAGUCCAAGAAUGCACAUCCCAUCUCAGCACGGUCCGGCAGGGAUCCACCAUCAGCAAGACUAUUUCCUGAGAAACCCUGGGAUGUGCCGACUGACUCUGAUGAGGAUCUCUGACCCUUGACCUGGAAUGUAAUUAACCUGACCUGAGAAAUUUGCAGACCUUGAACCUAGGAUAUUGGUUGACUUUUACAUGGUGGACAUGUACUGAACUCUGUCUAAUGGUUUAUAGGAUGUAGCCUCCCGUCCCUAGUGUAUAAUCAACAUAGAUAGAUAAUAAAAUUCAUUUUAUUAGGUAGACAACUGGAAGAAGUCAUUCGCUGCAGCAGGUCGUUGAUCUGUAUGUUUUAGGUGAGCUUCAAAAGCCACCUCAAGCCGAGGGGAAUCCUGUAAAACAAUGUCCCCCCCCCCCCCCCCCCCCCCCC